ACCACCCGUAAUGCGACAAUAAUAAGUUACGCGAGAAUAGAGUCUCAUUUCGCAACAAAUUCUACAAUCAAUUUAUAAGAACAAAAGAGAGGAAACUAUGGUAAAAUAAUCAUCUAGAUCUCUGAUUAUCCAUAAACAAAGAAGAAAUAAUGUUUAUUUGAGUGGGAGUUGUGGUCAAUGGCUCGUUCCGUAUCGUAAGGCAUAAUCAAUAUCGACUCAUGGCUACUGUGAACAUAAGUCAGCUGUCAGAGCAGCUUUUGAAAUGUCCCGUGUGUCUGGAAACGUUUGAAACGCCAAAAAUUCUUCCCUGUUUGCAUUCGUUCUGCCAGAAGUGUCUGCAGAGGAUCCUGAAGGAAGGCGAGAAUGCUAUUCUAUGUCCAACAUGUCGCAACGAAAUCCAACUACCUCCGGGAGGAGUGCAAGAACUUCCGACGAACUUCUUUAUCAAUAAUAUGUUGGAUUUUAUCACUGUCCAGUCUUUUUCUUCCAAGCCAAUCGAUUGCACGAACUGCCAAGAUCAUUCACACGCGGUUGCAAGAUGUGGCGACUGCGUGGAAUUCCUGUGUGAACAGUGUCUCGCCGCACACAAACGCACAAAGCUUACAAAAGAACACGAAGUCUUGGCGCUGAAGGAUUUGCAGUCGUCUGGCGUUCAAGAUAAGAUGCAUCGGCCCUUAUAUUGCAGUCAUCAUGAUAGGGAGGUCUUGAAGUAUUAUUGUGAAACGUGCGAUGACCCUGUUUGCCGGGAAUGUUUGAUAAUGGAGCAUCGAGAGCAUGCUUACGGAUAUCUUAAAGAUGUGAAUAACAAGCAACGUCAAGCGGUGAAAUCACUGGUCGACAGUACAAAAUGCCAAACAGUUCCAUUGGAGAAAGCGAUAGAAGAUAUCACAGCACUCGUAGAACGUCUUGAAGUGCGAAGCAAGGGUCUUCAGCAGGAAAUCACUAGUAAUUUCUCAAAAUGCGCCGAAGUGCUUAAGGAAAAGGAGGAAGAGUUGCUUGUGUUUGUCACCAACGAAUGCCGCGUCAAAUGCAAGAAUCUCGGGCUGCAGAAGGAGAGCCUGGAGACGUUGCUCGCAAGCGUCACGAGCAGUUGUCAGUUCUCAGAAAAUGUGCUGGAACACGGCAACGAGGCUGAGGUGAUGCUGGUGAAGAAACAGUUGACGCAGAGGUUGAAUGAUCUGCAGAGUACGCACAUGGCCUUCGAGCCACAGGAAGAUGAUGUCAUCGAAUACGAGUUUUUCGCUGAUGAAUUUCGCAAAGCGAUCAAGUUCACAGGACACGUCAAGAUCUUUCCAACAGUCCCGAGUCUAUGCUACGCCACAGGAAUUGGUCUUCACAAAGCUAAAGCCGCAGUUGAGGCGAUGUUUCAAGUCAUCACAGUGGACCGCAAUAAGGAACUGUAUGGACAUGGCGGUGAUAGAAUAACCGUGAGUGUUGUCCCUGAAGAUGGCGAGGCCUUUCAAGGAACGGUGAUUGACAACAACGAUGGAACUUAUUGCGUGUCUUACAUUCCAAAACUUCGAGGCAACCACGCGAUCCACGUCACACUGCGUGAGAAGCACAUCAAGGGAAGUCCCUUUACAAUAAUGGCCAGCGGUCGUAUUGACUAUCACCGCCUGCAUAAUACCACGAGAGCGUUUGGGACACAAGGAGAGGGUGGGGGAGAGUUCAACAUGCCUUGGGGUGUUGCUAUUGACAACGAACGAGAAUAUGUUAUCGUCUCAGAUACCGGUAACCAUCGGAUCCAGGUUUUCGAUAUCAGUGGAGGCUUUUUGUUCAAAUUUGGAAGCCAAGGCGUGAAGAAAGGAGAAUUCAAAAGUCCCAAGGGUGUGGCCUAUUCCUCCAAGGGUCACAUAAUUGUCGCUGAUUCUGAGAACCAUCGAAUACAGAUGUUCAAUGAAGAUGGACGAUUCUUAAGAGCUUUUGGCUCGAAAGGUGACCAGGAAGGCCAACUCUCUCACCCUUGUGGUGUUGCACACUGCAACGAGAAGGAAUUGAUCGCUGUGACAGAGCAAGACAAUCACAGAGUCCAAACGUUUAGCCUGCACGGUGAACCAUUGGCGGCCUUUGGAUCUCAGGGAAGCGACGAAGGGAAAUUUCUCUAUCCCCAUCAUCUGGCAUUCAGUGUGAAGUCUUUAUGCUUGGUUUCUGAUUGCGUUAACGACAGAAUACAAGUUUUUGACAAAGUUGGGGGGCACCAGUGUUGUUUUGGAGAAGAGGGAACCAAAAUCUCACAGUUUGAUGGCCCAGAAGGUAUUGCUGUGGACGAUGAAAGCAAUAUUUUGGUAUGUGACAAUCACAACCAUCGUGUACAAAUCUUCACAAAUCAAGGAGAGUUUGUUGCACAACUUGGGUCUUACGGUGAUAACGUGGGGUACUUUAAGAACCCGUGUGGGAUAGCAGUUAGUGAUGCUGGGGACAUAUUUGUUGUCGAUACCGGAAAUAAUCGUCUUCAAAUAUUUUAACCAAUUAGCUUCCUAGGGAUCUAGGAAUUAAAGUUUAUGGUGAAACAUUUUCAUAAAAUGGUACCAAAGCCACUUGGAUAGGAUUCGGGUUCGUGACACGUGAGUCAAAAUCGGGUAUGGGUAAAACUGUGAAUUGAUAAAACUGCUCAACAAUAGUGACAUUACUAUUCUGAUAAAGGCAACUGAGACGUUUUUUUCUGCGCCUUUGCGAGAUCCGGAAAAUGCAAAUGGAGCUUAAAAAACUGCCAAACAACUUCUUUCGUAGCUCGUGAUGUAGAAAUUUGUACAUAAUACUGGAAACAUUAUUUACUAUAAUAUAUAUAUUUACAUGCACAACAUCCUUUUGUCAGCAUCAUCGUGCAUUUAGGUAUUGUUUAACGUUUGUGUUUCUUUCAUACAUUGAAUUUACAAAAAAAUUUUUUUGAGAAUAUAUGUAGUGUAUGGUUUUUGUGAGUGCAAGUGAGAAUAUGUACAUAUUAUCUAAUCGUGAGAAGAAGCCUACUGCUAUUACAUAUAUCACAACAAUUAUAUUGUCUGUACAAAGUU